AUCUCAGGGAUAAAGAGUUGAGUGCUUGGCCAGGUGAGGGGGCUCACGCCUGUAAUCCCAGCACUUUGGGAGGCCGAGAGAGGCGGAUCACGAGGUCCGAUCAAGACCAUCCUGGCUAACGCCGUGAAACCCCGCCUCUACUAAAAAUACAAAAAAUUAGCCGGGCGUGGUGGCACGCGCCUGUAGUCCCAGCUACUCAGGAGGCUGAGGCAGGAGAAUCGCUUGAACCCGGGAGGCAGAGAUUGCCGUGAGCCGAGAUCGCGCGACUGCACUCCAGCCUGGGCAACAAGAGCGAAACUUCGUCUCAAAAAAAGAAAAAAGAAAGAAAAAGAAAACAGGCUAGAAUGCACUUCAACUUAAGUCCUGGGAGCUACGCUAAUUCAUGGGGAACCACAGGGAUUUAAUAGGCAUUUCUACACCUGGAUCAGCCCCAAGGACAGUAUUACCCUGUAUUCCCCUUCCUAUUACUAUUUUCAGUCAUUUACGAAUAUUGGGCUGUAGUACUUUCACGUUUAAGCUUUGGCUAGUCAGAGCUCACUGUGUUUAAUCUUCAGUUACCUGAAUGGUGUUUACCUUCUGGUGCGGAUCAUCCCGGCUUGUGUUAGUGCUCUCUCUUUGGAAGAAGCCAGGACUUAAGAUCGAGUUAGCCUAGAUGUGGCCCAGCAGGGUACAGAAGGGGAAAGGCUGCAGAAAACAGGCGUAUUUUCGUGCAAAGAGGUUUUUGUGCCAUUUACUUAUGGUUUUCACCGUCGUAUGAGAGGACUAUUAAUGAUAGGCUGUAUUUGCUGACCGCCUACUUUGGGCUCCCCCAUGCGUUGUGCCGAAACCACCUCUUUCUUUCCUGCCUUCCUCUGCCUGGGCUGGGGAGCCCAGAGCUGCGAUUCGCAGGCCUGCUAGGCAGCCGGCGGCCGGAAGUCUCUAUCCCGCAGGGGCGUAGCCACUCACGGCCUUACCCAAUACGACACUUCCGCCUGCACGAGUUCUUCCGGGGCGGAGGUCACCAUGGCAGCUGCCUUGGCUCGGCUUGGUCUGCGGCCUGUCAAACAGGUUCGGGUUCAAUUCUGUCCCUUCGAGAAAAACGUGGAAUCGACGAGGACCUUCCUGCAGGCGGUGAGCAGUGAGAAGGUCCGCUCCACUAAUCUCAACUGCUCAGUGAUUGCGGACGUGAGGCAUGACGGCUCCGAGCCCUGCGUGGACGUGCUGUUCGGAGACGGUUAUCGCCUGAUUAUGCGCGGCGCUCAUCUCACCGCCCUGGAAAUGCUCACCGCCUUCGCCUCCCACAUCCGGGCCAGGGACGCGGCGGGCAGCGGGGACAAGCCGGGCGCUGAUACUGGUCGCUGACAGCGCCAAAGAGACCAACAAGAUGAUUUUAGCGUGGACUAGGACACUUAACCUAAGAAGAAUUUCACUUAAUCAUUCAAAUCACUAUCUGGAGGGCCACGGAGCGCAAAAUAAAGUUUAAAACCCUGCUACCACAA